CUUACCUUGGCCUCCGCGCGUCGGUGGGGAGGGAGGGGGCCAACGGGGCUCCGGCUGGGGGAGGGGCAGGCGGGGCGGGACCUUCGCGCUGGGGUGGUGCGCUCCUUUCCCUAGCCGCCGCUGGCAUGGGGGGUCCCGCCGGGCCCCCACGCCUCCUCCACGCCCCACACCCGCUCCUCUACCUGCUCUGCCUCCUCCUGCCGCUGCUCAAAGCUGCCCGGCCGAGCUGGGAGACCGUGGACCAGUCCCCGGGGGCCCUACUGGAGCGGUACUGCCAUGCACUCACGACCCUGGCCAAUGUCUCAGGUCCCUACUCCUACUGCAACACGACCUUGGACCAGAUCGGGACGUGCUGGCCCCGGAGCGCGGCCGGAGCCCUGGUGGAGAGGCCGUGUCCUGAGUACUUCAACGGCGUCAAGUACAACACGACCCGGAAUGCCUAUCGAGAGUGCUUGGAGAAUGGGACAUGGGCUUCACGGAUCAACUACUCACAGUGUGAGCCCAUUUUGGAUGAUAAGCAGAGGAAGUACGACCUGCACUACCGCGUCGCCCUCAUUGUCAACUACCUGGGUCACUGCAUUUCUGUGGUCGCCCUCGUGGCCGCCUUCCUGCUUUUCCUGGCCCUGCGGAGUAUCCGCUGUCUGCGGAUCGUGAUUCACUGGAAUCUGAUCACCACCUUUAUCCUGCGCAAUGUCAUGUGGUUCCUGCUGCAGCUCAUCGACCACGAAGUGCACGAGAGCAAUGAGGUCUGGUGCCGCUGCGUCACCACCAUCUUCAACUACUUCGUGGUGACCAACUUCUUCUGGAUGUUUGUCGAGGGCUGCUACCUGCACACGGCCAUCGUCAUGACCUACUCCACCGAGCACCUGCGCAAGGGGCUCUUCCUCUUCAUCGGAUGGUGCAUCCCCUGUCCCAUCAUCGUUGCCUGGGCCAUUGGCAAACUCUACUAUGAAAAUGAACUGUGCUGGUUUGGCAAGGAGCCCGGCGACCUGGUGGACUAUAUUUAUCAAGGCCCCAGCAUCCUUGUGCUCUUGGUCAAUUUUGUAUUUCUUUUCAACAUCGUCAGGAUCCUCAUGACAAAACUGCGAGCAUCCACCACAUCGGAGAUGAUCCAGUACAGGAAGGCGGUAAAGGCCACCCUGGUCCUGCUGCCCCUCCUGGGCAUCACCUACAUGCUCUUCUUUGUCAACCCUGGGGAGGACGACCUGUCGCAGAUUGUGUUCAUCUAUUUCAACUCCUUCCUGCAAUCCUUCCAGGGUUUCUUUGUGUCUGUCUUCUACUGCUUCUUCAAUGGAGAGGUGCGCUCGGCCGUGAGGAAGAGGUGGCACCGUUGGCAGGACCAUCACUCCCUCCGAGUGCCCGGGGCCCGGGCCAUGUCCAUCCCCACGUCGCCCACACGGAUCAGCUUCCACAGCAUCAAGCAGACGGCCGCCCUGUGACCCCUCCAUCACCCCGCUUGCUCAUCACUCCACCAGCAGGACAGCUUCCCUAUCCUCCUGGGGCGCCUAUCUCUGGGUUCACUUUGCCACCUCGCCGCUCGGGCCCUGGUGGGGGCAGAAGGGAGGGGAGACGUCAGCUGGCCCGCCCUGCUGGCUGGAGAGAGGCGUGCGGCAGCAGGCUGUGCGAGAGGCUCUUAGGAGCCAGGCCCACUAGGCCCAAAGUCUCAGUGCAGAGGGAUGGCACAGGGGCCACCCCCCAAGAAGAGCGGGUCACAUGUCUUCAGGCAUCUGCCCACACCAGCCUCUCUCCCUGCAUCCUCACUGUAGCCCCAUUCACAGGCGGGGAAACUGAGGCCCAGCGCCAGGAAGGGCCUGCCCGAGUCACACAGCUCGUUCGUGGCACAGUAGGGGCUCCCCUCCCUGUGAGGGCCGUCCCACCAACAGCAGGGUGACAUUCGGCCUUGCUCCCUGCUCCCGGCCUUCUGCUUCCUUGCUCAGGGCUGCCCUCACAGCAACUGGAAGCAAAGAAUUAGUUUGGCUUCCUCCCAGGGGCUCUCACGUAGACCCCAGCCCAGAGCAGGCCGUCUCUCUGCCCCUCCCCAGCCAUCUCUGGGGUCCUAGGAAGGAUGCUGCUUCCUGUCCCGGGACACCUCUUCUCGGCCUAGUCCACAGACUCAGAGCCUUGGGGAGGGACACGUGGGGAAGGAAGACACAGUUAGGGCAACCAGACACAUAGUGCAGAUGAAACGAGGAGGAGAAGCAUGGUGGCCGGGGACAAGGAGAAAGAAAGCAAUUAGGUCUUUGGUGACUAGAACGAAUCUCCCAGCUCCCACCACAGACCGGGCUUCAUUUCAGCCUCCCCUUCAGAAACAUCUCAGCUCUCUGUGAAAUAAACCAUGCCUCUGUGGAAACGGCUUCCCCUUAGGUCAAGUCAACCAGACAUACGAAGGGGUGCCGUGGCCAAGGAUGGGGGGCUGGAUCCUCUCUCGUUUGCAGAGCCCAUGGCCCCGGUGCAGGGCUGGUUCUCCUCUCUGACCUGUGUGUCUGCAGGUCUGUCCCUUACUCCCCCAAGACAGUCUCUAGCCCUCCUUUCCUACCGAGGGCAGUGCAAUUCAGCACAGAGGAGGGGUGCAGCUCGCCCAGCACGCCACAGCCCAUCCGAAAAUGUUCUAAAAUCCGGAGGCAAGUGUAGACAAGACCCCACAGUAUUUGUGAACAACACCAUGAAGAAGUUCCAGGAGAGGGUGGGAGUGGAGGAGGGGAGGCUGGAGCCAUCAGGUCGGGGUUCAAAAGGGCUUUUGCUCUAGGAAUACCCACAACGUAUUUUUUUUUUUAUUAUGUAUCCCAUCUUGCAUAUUUUUCAGUUUCCAUCUAAUAUUUUUUUCACAUUUUUUUAAAUUGGUGAGAAAGGUGAUUUCUGGCUUUUAGCAAAUAUUUACACUUUUAAAAUAAAACUGCCGCAACACUU